AUGUCAAAAUCAGCAACGCCAUCAACAACAACCUCAGCCGAUCUUCACACCCUCCUGGAUAUCACCACUAAACCACAUUCGUUCAAACGAAACCCCAAUCGCAAACCAAUAGGCAAUAGACGCUACAAGCCCAGUCGACAAUUAAUAUCGGAUGAAAUAAAGUAUAUCCAGCAAAAGGAAAACUUACCUGUUGAUAAACCAACUUAUAUAUCAGUGACUGCUCCCCCCAGCCUAUUACCCAAGAAACAUUAUUGUGAUAUCACUGGAUUAGAAGGCAAAUAUAAAAACCCUGCUAAUCAAUUACGAUUUCAUGAUGUGGAGAUAUAUCAAGAAGUUAUAAAGAAUAUGCAUCCUGGUGUUGAUCAAGCGUAUUUGGAACUACGUGGAGCUAAUGUUGUAUUAAAGUAA